UUGAUUAUUUGGUCAACCUCCCUUUGUUUGAUGAAGUAUCGGGUUGGGGUGCACAAUUGCUGCUGAAUUUGGAGGAUUUGUCCCUGUUUCCCGGUUUUUGUGGUGAAUUUUUGUUCUCAUCCAUGGAUUUAGCGAUAUCGGAUGAACUGUUAGGUACUUUUGUGCCAAUUAUUGUCUACUGGUUGUAUUCUGGCACUUAUAUUCUUAUUAUGGGUUCCUUUGAAAAUUAUCGGUUGCACACGAAGGAAGAAGAUGUGAAGAACUUAGUUUCCAAGGGUACUGUAGUUAAAGGUGUUCUUCUUCAGCAGACAGUUCAAGCUGCUGUUGCGAUACUCUUGUUCACUGUAACGGGAAAUGAUGAUACGGCAGCCCUAGGUGUGCAACUUAACUUUAUAGUGCUACUGAGGCAAUUCUUGGUUGCAAUGCUGGUUUUGGAUACGUGGCAAUAUUUCAUGCAUAGAUACAUGCACCAUAACAAGUUCUUGUAUCGGCAUAUCCAUUCUCAACAUCAUCGUCUAAUUGUUCCCUAUGCUUUUGGAGCUCUAUAUAACCAUCCUUUGGAGGGUCUUUUGCUAGACACAAUUGGUGGGGUCCUAUCUUUCCUCCUCUCUGGUAUGUCACCCCGAGUCUCCAUCUUCUUUUUCUCCUUCGCUACCAUUAAGACCGUGGAUGAUCACUGUGGAUUAUGGCUUCCGGGGAAUCUCUUCCAUUUGUUCUUUAGAAAUAAUACUGCCUAUCAUGAUGUUCAUCACCAGCUUUAUGGCACCAAAUACAAUUUCUCACAGCCGUUCUUUGUUAUGUGGGAUAAAAUUCUUGGAACAUACAUGCCUUACACACUUGAGAAGAGAGCUGGAGGGGGUUUUGAAGUGCGCCCUACAAGAGAUUACAAGGUGGAAUGAUUAUGUAGCAGAAUCCACUGUUUGCUACCAAUUUGUAGCAUUAUAAUUUCCAAAGAGAUGAUUUGUUUAUAUUUGGCGCUGUGUUUGUAUUUAUGUAUAGGUGAUGGUCUUGUACUCUAUUUCUUUGUUCAUAUAAAAGUUGAAAUUUAGUUAUUG